AUGUCGUCCUCGUCCUCGUCGUCCUCCGCUGCCUCCGCGGCCACGGUGUUCCCGCCGUCCCCGCAGCUGCCGCCUCCUCUCCUGGUGGAGAACCUCCCGCCGCUGCACCAGCUCACGCCGGUGAGCGUGCCUACGAGCAGCUUGUUCAAGACGGUGACGGUACGAUGCGGCCACUGCAGCAGCUUGCUCACCGUCAACAUGAGGGGCCUUCUCUUCCCGGGAACGCCGGCGAACACAGCCACGGCGGCCGCCCCACCACCAGCUGCUGUCACCAGUACUACCACCACCAUCACCACGGCGCCGGCGCCGGCCACCUCGGUCAACAACGGGCAGUUCCACUUCCCCCAGUCGCUCAACCUCGCGCCCAACCCUCACAACCAAUCCCUCCUGCUGGACGAGAUAUCCAGCGCCGCGAACCCGAGCCUGCAGUUGCUGGAGCAGCACGGCCUCGGCGGCCUGAUCCCCAGCGGCAGGAACGCUGCCGCGCCGCCCCCGCACCCGCCGCUUGCAGCGGGUAAAGGGGCCAAAGAGCCGUCACCGCGCACUAACCCCGUCAUCAACAGACCUCCGGAGAAGAGGCAGCGCGUGCCGUCGGCGUACAACCGCUUCAUCAAGUGA